AUGGCGUCGCUGUUCGAGUCUGCUUGGACGUAUCUCAUUACCCAUUUCAGUGACUUCCAACUGGCUAGUCUUGGAAGUUUCUUUCUUCAUGAAAGUAUCUUCUUUUUUUCGGGACUUCCAUUCAUAUAUUUGGAAAGGGCAGGAUGGCUGAGCAAGUACAAAAUUCAGAGGAAAAAUAAUACUCCUGCAGCUCAAGAAAAAUGUAUCACUCGACUGUUGCUGUAUCACUUUGGUGUCAAUCUACCUGUCAUGAUUCUAUCUUAUCCCGUCUUCAGAUUCAUGGGGAUGCGAAGCACACUACCAUUGCCGUCCUGGAAAGUAGUUUCAACUCAAAUCUUAUUCUACUUCAUCCUGGAGGACUUCAUCUUCUACUGGGGUCACAGGAUACUACAUACAAAAUGGCUUUACAAGCAUGUACACAGUGUCCACCAUGAAUAUGCAACACCAUUUGGAUUGACCUCUGAAUAUGCUCACCCUGCUGAGAUUCUAUUUCUCGGUUUUGCUACAAUAGUCGGUCCUGCCAUCACUGGUCCCCAUCUGAUAACAUUGUGGUUAUGGAUGGUUCUUAGAGUCCUUGAAACUGUCGAGGCACACUGUGGAUAUCAUUUCCCAUGGAGUCUCUCAAACUUCUUGCCUUUAUAUGGGGGUGCUGAUUUUCACGACUAUCAUCACCGCCUGCUUUACACAAAGAGUGGCAACUAUUCAUCAACUUUUGUUUACAUGGACUGGAUAUUUGGUACUGAUAAAGGUUACAGAAAACUAAAGGAGCUGAAGAGUGUAGGAAACGAGACAACGGUUAUGGCAACGUAA